CACGCCGUGCGUCCCGGGCGCGCUCUGGACGCUCGCCGGGCGCCGCCUGGGAGAGGCGAACGGCUUGGCCUGCCAUGUUGCUCGCCGCGGCGCUCCGAGCCGGGGCAGCUGGCCUCACCGCCCAGUGGGGAAGACAUAUAAGGAAUUUGCAUAAGACAGCUGUGCAGAAUGGAGCUGGAGGAGCCUUAUUUGUGCACAGAGAUACUCCUGAGAAUAAUCCAGAUACCCCAUUUGAUUUUACACCAGAAAACUAUAAGAGGAUAGAGGCAAUUGUCAAAAACUACCCAGAAGGACACAAAGCAGCAGCUGUGCUUCCAGUCUUGGAUUUAGCGCAGAGGCAGAAUGGAUGGCUGCCCAUCUCUGCUAUGAACAAGGUUGCAGAAAUUUUACAAGUACCGCCAAUGAGAGUAUAUGAAGUAGCAACUUUUUAUACAAUGUAUAAUCGAAAGCCAGUUGGAAAGUAUCACAUUCAGGUCUGCACUACCACACCUUGCAUGCUUCGAGAUUCUGACAGCAUACUGGAGGCCAUUCAGAGAAAGCUUGGAAUAAAGGUUGGGGAGACUACACCUGACAAACUUUUCACUCUUAUAGAGGUGGAAUGUUUAGGUGCCUGUGUAAAUGCACCAAUGGUUCAAAUAAAUGACAACUACUAUGAGGAUCUGACUCCUAAGGAUGUUGAAGAAAUUAUUGAUGAACUCAAGGCUGGCAAAAUUCCAAAACCUGGACCAAGGAGUGGACGCUUCUCUUGUGAGCCAGCUGGUGGUCUUACCUCUUUGACUGAAGCACCCAAAGGACCUGGUUUUGGUGUACAAGCAGGCCUUUAAUUUACGUUCAAUUGUACAUAUAUCAUAUGUCACUGGAGAAAUAAAAUAUGCCUCUCCCAUCUACAUAAAUUUACUUUUUAUAUUAGUUAAUGCCUGUUUGUGUAUACCUGGUGGUAAGCUAGCAACCUGUAGCUGUAAGUACCAUGUUAAACCACAAAGCACCAUUUUAAAUCCUUGGCUAACUAUGAAGACAUUAUUAUAUAAUCUAGUUAACAGUUACUUCAACAUCACUCCUUUUCAACUGCCAGGUCACUUUUGUCAAAGAUAAUAGUAUUGGGUUACUAUGAAGUAAAAAUUCUACCAAAUUUCAA